AUGCAAGCUGACAGUUUUCCUGACGUUCGAUCAGGAGGCCGAUCUUGUUCCCACUCAGGAAGUGCACCUGCAUGUGGAAUACAGUCAUGCAUCGCAGACGGAAUCUUCAGGAAGUCAUCCUUUCUCCAGAUCAUGUACGAGGAUGACGAAGCAUCUACCAUCGACGACACACUGACGUCGCUCUCGAGCAGUUGUCUCUAUAGUCCACCGGAGUUCGUAUCGCGCUUACAACCAACGUACGAAGUCAGGCAGAACACUCGAGUUCUCCUGAAGGUGGUGGUGACGGGUGUGCCGCUGCCGCAAGUCGUAUGGUAUCACAACGGCAACGUCCUCAACCCAAUAAAGAACACUCUCAACAUGGUUUACGAAGACGGUGUGAGUUUCCUCGAGAUCUGCAAUUGUACCGAAAAAUGGAGUGGCGUGUUCACAUGCGAGGCGAAGAAUUCAGCAGGAGGCAGUAAAAUCGAAUCAAACGUGGUUGUUUUACCUGAAGAAUUAGAUGAAAAUACUCGUACAACGGAGAUUCAUCUGACAAAUAUUCCAUUCCAAGAGGACGUCGAGCUCGUCGUGAAGGAUAGCACACAUCGUGACUUCCAGGCCGUCACGUUCACUUCAGGGGUGGAUUCAUCGGUUCCGGAACGCCUAUCGCCUUCUCCCGAUGAGUCGGACUACAGCAGCGCAUCAUCUGCUGCAGGACAGGCUCCUAGUUUCAUAGUCAACGAGAACAUACAGUUGAAGUGCACAUUCAGUGGACAACCGCUGCCAGCUGUUACAUGGGAGAAAGAUGGCAAUCUUGUGGAUAUGAACAAUUUGGAAGAAAAGAGAUCGAAAAGGGUUGCCGCAGCGACGGCGAUUGGAGAUGAUGUAGCUGCGAGCAUAAAGCGCGAUCUGGCACGAAGUUAUCUACGCGACCGCGAAGACGCCAGUGGAGAAGUGGACGCGGUUGUGCUGAGCCCACACAAAUCCGCGACGACAUUCACAUUCGCUUCUUCUGAAGUAGCUGAUAAAACUGAAGAACCCCAAGAGGCCACGGAGCGAUCUUCUAUGAAGGCCAUCGAUGGACAACAACCGUUCUUCCUUCUUCCAGUGGAGGAUGGUGAUUUCAAAGGAAACACUUGCACCUGA